GGCAGGCGCGCUCCUGGGAGCCCUCUCUGGCCCGGGCACGCACGUGGGGUUUCGCACUGACUGUGCUCCAGGUCCAAAAGGGUUUCUCUUGUAAGCUCCGCAGAUAGGGGUUUAGGUGCGCGCUCCCGGACCAGCGAAACCUGCCGGAAUUGGAAGCAGUCCGGAAUGCGGUCCCAUGGUCCAUCCCACCCAGCUCAAUUUGCUCUGAGAGGGUUGGGGAGGGUUAGGUGCCGGGUGCAACAGGUGAGGUGGAAGGAGUGUCCUUUCCAGACUAGGCGGGACCUGGAGGCUACCGCAACUAGGUCAGCCCUAGGCCAGCACCAGGGAAGCUGCAGGCCAGCACCUUCCAACUGGAAGUAGAGUUGGCCCAGCACCUCCUCCUUUGAUCGGGUGUCCUGAGGACUGACUGACGUCAACUGCUCAGCCCAGCACCUGACCAGGAAAAGCUGUGAGUUGCCCAGAGUGGAGACGGGUCCCUGAGCAAGACCAAUGGCCUCCCCGCGCCUGGGAAUUUUCUGCUGCCCUACCCGAGAUGCAGCCACACAGCUGGUGCUCAGUUUCCAACCGCGGGUAUUCCAUGCUUUGUGUCUGGGCAGUGGCUCUCUCAGCCUGCUGCUUUGCCUCCUGCAGCUCCUGCCAGGGCGCCGAUCUGUUGGUCACAGGAUGCCUGCAAUGUCCCCGCCGGCCUCAGUCCACAUCCUCCGAGCUGCCACCGCCUGCGACUUCCUUGGCUGCCUGGGAAUCAUUAUCAGGUCCACUGUGUGGGUAGCCUACCCUGAUUUCAUUGAAAACAUCUCCAACGUGACUGGGACAGACAUUUGGCCUGCUGCUUUCUGUGUGGGGAGUGCGAUGUGGAUCCAGCUGUUGUACAGUGCCUGCCUCUGGUGGCUCUUCUGCUAUGCAGUUGAUGUGUACUUGGUGAUCAAGAGAUCUGCAGGACUGAGCACCAUCCUGCUGUACCACAUCAUGGCCUGGGGCCUAGCAAUUCUGCUCUGCGUGGAGGGAGCAGUCAUGCUUUACUACCCUUCUGUGUCCAGGUGUCAGAGGGGCCUGGACCACGCCAUUCCCCAUUAUGUCACCACGUACUUGCCACUACUGCUUGUCCUUGUGGCCAAUCCAAUCCUGUUUCACAAGACAGUGACUGCAGUGGCCUCUUUACUGAAAGGAAGAAAAGGUGUUUACACAGAGAAUGAGAGACUGAUGGGAGCUGUGAUCAAGACCCGGUUUUGCAAAAUAAUGCUGGUGCUAAUUGCAUGUUGGUUGUCCAAUAUCAUCAAUGAAAGUCUUUUGUUUUACCUUGAAAUACAACCAGACAUCCAUGAAGGCUCUCUGAAACGCAUCCAGAAUGCAGCCAGGACUACAUGGUUUAUUAUGGGAAUACUGAAUCCAGCCCAAGGACUUCUCUUGUCUCUGGCUUUCUAUGGCUGGACAGCAUGCAACCGGGAUGUUCAUCCUCCCAACAUGGUGAUUCAGUGGGAAGCAAUGACUGUCUCUGCUAUUGAGGGCACGUACCAGUCACCUGUAGGCUCCUGUGUGCCCCAUGAAAACACCAGGAAAGUGAUGUGUGUUGGGGGACACACUUCUGAUGAAGUGCUGAGCAUUUUGUCUGAAGGUUCUGAUGCCAGCACUGUCGAUAUCCAUAGUGCAACUGGGUCCUGCACCAUAAAGGAAGUUGACUCAAUUUCCCAAGUCCAGGGGGACCUCUGAAGGGAUGGGAUAGGAGUCACACACCCCUAUUUUUCAGGCUCUGUGUCUCUUCAUUUCGGAUUGUGUUCUUGCCUUUCUUCUUAUUACAGUGUCACCAUAACGUAGCAUCCUCCAAAUUCCACUAUGGUCACCAUAGUGGAGCUCACUGAAGAUGCACUUUAUGCUAGGAGAAACAACACACCAGAGCUUGGAAAUGGAAACUUCCUUCUAGAACAUUCAGUGGCACCUCUUGACUCUUACUUACCAUUUGAACUUCUUCUGAGACCAGCUGUAAUGUUACAUGCCAGAUCCAAGUUCUAAAGAAAAAAGUUAAAUAAAGUCAUUGUGUCUAACUCCA